CACCUCGCCCUAUGUGAAAAAGUGACUCCCUUCUAACAUAAUAACUGCUUGCGCCACACAAAGCAGCAACAACUGCUUUUGCAAUAACUUGCAAUCACUUUUUCAUGUUUCUUUGGCCCAGUCUUCUUUGCAGAACUCACUUAAUUCAGCCACCUGAGAGGAUUUUUAAACAUGAAUGGCUUGCUUGAGAGCAUGCCACAGGAUCUCAAUUGUCUUCAAGUCCAAAUUUUUACUAGGGCACUCCACAACCCUUUUUUCUUUAUUUUUUUAAGACAUUCAGAGGUGGGCUUGCUGGUGUGCUACAGAGCAUUGUCCUGCUGCAGAAUCCAAAUCUGCUUGUACUUAAGGUCAUGAACUGAUAUUUUCCCUCAGGACUCUAUGGGAGACAGCAGAAAUGGUUCCAUCACUUACAGCAAGUCUUCCAGGUCCUGAAGCAACAAAGCAGCCCCAGACCAUCACACAUCCACCAAAACAAUGUUUGACUGUCGGGUUGAUGUUCUUUUUCUGAAUUGCUCUUUUAGUUUUGUGCCAGGUGGAAAAAGAUCCCCAACAAACACCUUCCAGAAGGUUCCACUUUUCAAUUCAGAGAAUAUUUUCCCAAAAGUAAUGAUUUUUGGCUAACGUGAGACGGGUCUUUCUGUUCUUUUGUACAUCAGUGCUUUUCACUCUUACACUGAUCCAAUUUUUACCCAACCUCUUUCUUAUUGUUUAUUCAUGGACACUGCCUUUAACUGAGGUGAGACCUUCAGUUCCUUAGAUGCUGUUCUAGGUUCCUUUCUCCUCUCCAGGAUAAUUUGUUAAUGUGGUUCACUGGAGUCUGGAAGCUCGAGAAAUUACUUGGUAACCCUUUCAAACUGAUAGAUGUCAUUGACUUGAGAUUGUCACAUAAUAUGUUGUUUUUUGAGAUCUUUUAGCCUACUUAAUGUUUUCAGUCGGUUCUAUUGAAGGGAUUUCUUUAUUCUACAGACCUUUAACAAGGGGGAGGAGGGCGGCAAUUACUUUUUUCACAUGGGGUCAGGUUAGUUUGGAUACAUUUUUUUCUUUUUAACAAUUAUUUAGAAAUUGUAUGUUGUGUUAACUCAGGUUAUCUUUAUCCAAAUUUAAAAAUUGUUCAUUAAAGUCAGAAGUUACUGCAUAGAAAUAAUUAAAAAAUAAAAAUUUAAAUAAUUUAUUAAGGUAAUCACGUUUCAAGUGAAAAAUCAUUCUUUAUUUUAACAUUAUUUUUAGUUCUUAGUUCAAACAAAUAACUUUUCGUCAUGAAUAGAUUAAACUAUGUGGCAUUAAUUUGUUUUUAAAUUCAUGCAUGGAUAGUGAAAAUUUUUUACAGUGUCUAUUGUUUUUUAAUGAGUCAGAGAUUUAGAGGUUAGGGAGUAAAUUUGUCAGUUUCCGUGUUGUUUUAUUAGCCAAAGCAGACACAUUUAGCAGUGUUAUUACCAGCAAAUUAAGCCAUAAUACAUAUAAAAACCUGAGAAAGCAAUGUUGAACAUUGAAGCAUUUUAUCGAUAUAUUCUGUAUGGAAACACGUGAACAAAUUAUUGUUCUGGCAAGAACAUGUUGAUGCAAUUAUACUUACAACCACAAGAGGGCAGCAGGGUAACAUGACAAAAGUCCCAUACUGGACAAAUCUAACGGUCUGCAAAAAAGCAAAAUACCCUCAGCGGCUUUACUCUGUGUUCAUGUUUUGUAGUUUUCAGCUUUAUUUCACUCCUGUUUUUUUUAUUAUAGCUAUAGUUAAACUUGAAGCUGUUCUUAAAACAAUCAAACUAAAAAACGUCCUGUUUCUCCAAUGGAAAUGAUAACUCCGUUUUUAUUCUAUGCUGAGUUGUCAGUCUGUGACCUUUAUCAUAACCAGUAGAUAGUUUGAGGUUUGUGAAGUCUUGAGAAAGGUCAUGGGUGUGUGUGUGUGUAUGUGUGUGUGUGUGUGUGUGUUUGGGGGGGGGGUUGGGCUCCUCCUCCUCCUUUUCUCAUGUUUCCAUGUUACUUGAGUUGUAAAAAUCAAGUUAUAAUUUUGUGGCUAACAGCUGAUGAUCGUUGAUGUUUUGAAGCAUUAGCAAAUAUUUACGCAUUAGCUGAUUUUAAGUAGCCUCUCUAUGUGCUGAUAUGCUCAGACCUUUACCCCUGAUAUGACAGAGUGCCUUGCUGUCGGCAAGAACCUAAUCAGAGGUCAAAGUCUGCAUUCAGGCUAACAGAGUCAGUGAGAACUGAGCUUUAUGUUGUCUCUCAAUGUCUGAGCUCUUUCUUUCUUUUGUAACUUGACUGAAGACACCUCACUUGGUGGAGAUCUACCUCUGCUUGAUUGUAGCCAGCUGAACAACAUGUUGCUCCGGACUGUGGCCCUGAUCCUCCUCUGUGCGUUAAUGGGCAUGUGUGCAACUUUAGGCUACUACCAGACUGAAGCCAAUGAUGAGGGGGAGGCUGCUGCUGUUGUCACUCAGGCUGCUCCUCUAGAUUCUGCUUUUGGGGACAAAAUAUCUGCAGCAGAUAACCAGGGGUCUGACCUACCUGAAGUGGAGGUCCAAGCCAGAGAGACAGACACAGCCAGAGAUAAACACGAUGAAGACCAUGCUGCUAUAGAAGCUCUUGCAAAGAAAACUGUUACCCAGGAGCAACCUCCAUCUGAGGAGGAGACCAAUGAGAUCAGGCCAGUCCAGACCAACAGGGCCUUAAAUAAACCCCAGGCACAAGAAGAUGCAAGCAGCUGGAGCCUCAACUCCAUUAGAGAUAGUUUCCAAACCGUGCAUGGAUACUUCGACUCCCUGGUGGAGCUGGUUGGGGGACACAACGGUGUCUGUCAGUACCGUUGCAGAUAUGGAGAACUCCCACUUCCUCGGCCUGGCUACAAACAUCAAGAACCCAACGGCUGCAGCUCCUCUCUGGUGGGAUUCCAGGUGAAUGCUGCUUUUGACGUGGGAAUCCCUGCAAUGACAAGGUGCUGUAACCAGCUGGAUGUGUGCUAUGACACUUGCGGCGUGAACAAGUAUGACUGUGAUGCCAAGUUUCGCUCGUGCCUCCUUGACAUUUGUUCUGACCUGAAGAAGAGCCUGGGGUUUGUGUCCAAAGUACAAGCUUGUGAAUCUAUGGCAGACGCCCUCUACAACACAGUGUGGACUCUGGGCUGCAGGCCUUACAUGAACAGCCAGAGGGCAGCAUGUAUCUGCGAGGGAGAGGAGAGGGAUGAACUGUGACAGAACACUGUGGUCAACUUCUCUGAUAACAAGACAACAGAGUCAUUGAUAUUUCCAUAAUACACUGCUACAUUUAUAAGCUUUUAUUGAGAGAGGAACCUUCUCAUAAGAGCCCUCUCAAAGGAAUAGUUCAGAAGGCUAUAAGCAGUUAUUAACUUUUGGCAUCUUCAUUGAGCAUAAAUCCAUAUUAGUUUAUUCCAGAGGCUGAAGCUAACGGCUAGCCUGAAAACGGCCGAGACUAAAACAGAAUCCCACUGUCUUAAAACAGUCUCAGUCUUCAAAAUACCACAUAGCUUUUUAUGUUAACACUAUUUGAUGAAACUUUAAAGGGGUAUUUGAGUUUUAUUUAAACGAAGUUCAUUUAAACAAAAGACUGAAGUUAUUAUCAAUAACAGUUUGAGUUCCCAUAGUGAAAAGGUGUCAUAUUUCACAGCAAGUAUCUGGCAAAGUGCUUAAAUCUUCGGAGCUAUGGAGUGCUAAUGGCUAGCUAGCUGGGGUGCCAAUAUUUUAGCUGAUUUUUGCAAGCACUUUAAAAUAAAAAUGUAUCAUUGUUCAACAUUGUAUCCAUGGCAUUAACAGUCCACAUUUUCACAAGAGGUCGCCGUUAAACUUAUCACUGUUUUCCAAUUUACACCAUACCUUAAGUUAAUAUGAAAACACUCAUAGUAUAUGAUGAUUAAUAAAUUACUAUGUGAAAAUAUUUUGGUAAUUAAAAAAAAAUCUAAAUAAAAUAUUGCACAACAGGGACAUUUUUUUUUCUAUUAGUACAUUUUCCAAGGUUAUUCUUUACAGUACUAUACCUGAAAACUGUCACACAUGACGAGGCAAGUUGCUUCAGGCGAGAAGGUUUCACCUGUAGCAACUAUGUUCAAAUCUGUUAGAGUGCCAUCUGGUAGUCAGACAAUAACAUUGCUAGUAGCAGUCAAUAUGCAUCACUUUCAACAAAUGUAGAGUGUGGGUUGAAGUCUUCCCCAUAAGGUGUUCUGGAUAUAACAGGACAGUUAGCAAACCCAUGCUGCAGGCUGUGACAAUGGUUAGCUGAGACUUGCAGUCAGCUCUAAGUCUACCAAGAAGGUGGUAAACGUUUGAAUUUUUGCGACAAGCUUUCAGUUAUGCUCCUGCAUCAAAGGUUGUACUUCCUGUGCUUAUCCAGGUCUAGUUUUAAAACGUCCCUCCAGACUUACGAUCAGCUGAUGAGGCGUAUUGAUAAGGACGGCAGCAUUCACCUGUAUAUCCUUAGCAUAGGAACACAAAAGUUAUCUGGUGGAGAAAACAGCAACAAACUCAACAAGGGUGUCCUAUGAAAGUGCAGGCUACUAAUCUAGCGCUGUUUCGCAUGGAUAUGAUCUCCCUCUGAGUAAAAUUUAUAAAAAAGUACAAAAAAGUUCAUGUCCUCUGAGUGAAAUGUGACAAAGCGCCUACAUAAAGACAUCUGUUGACUCCUAAAAAUGUUUGAGAGGUGGUUGGUUUGUAAACUGAGCUAACCAAACCGGGUAUUCAACAUCUUUGUUUAGACAAAAUGUGCAAACCCAUUCCCUAAAAAUAUCAAUUUUCGACAAAAUCUUCUGGGCUCAAGAAAGACAAGAACAUACGGGUGCCUUUUUGGCCGCUUUACUUUUAUAUCACAGUGGAAGAGUUUCACAUUUUAUACUUAGGAAGAUCAUUGGUGGUGCACCACCUCCUACCUUCAUUUCCUGUCUAAAUAAUUGUUGGUUUCUCUAAAAAUAACUAAUAUCAAAUGCAAAUGUGAUGGCAGUUUAAAGAUUCAUAAAAUAGUGUUAGCAUAAACCCCUGUGACAUUUUGAGAUUGGAGUUGUUUUCAGAUGAAUGGAGUGCACUUUGGUCUCUAGCUGUUAGCUUCACUAUGCUGGACCAGCUAAUCUGGAUUUAUACUGAAAAAAGACACAAGGGAGUUAAGCAGGUAAGAUAUUAUCUGUCUUACCCCACCAACAGAAUCUCUACACAUUCUGAACUACCCCUUUAAGAUUCAAAAAUGACAAAUGUAAAAAGCUGUAAUUGCGAUAUUCAAUGGAUCAUAAGAUUUAAUAAUAAGGGUCCAAACAGAUAUCAGCUGUCUGAAGAUGGCCUUCAGAAUCUGAAUUAAUUGCUUAUGCAUAUUUACCUCCUAAUUGUAGGUCAAAUUUGGGCCUCCAUGACUUCGUUACCAUAAAUUACUUGAUGACUCCAAACAGAACACCUUAUAUGAAGAUGAGAAGGAUGUUGUGUUGAGAUUAAUUUCCUCUAGAUGGAAAUUUCAAGAUAAUAACUAAGGUGAAAUUCUCUACGGAGCUCAAAUGCUAAGUCUAAUGCCUAUAACAGUUAAUGCUUUAUUUUUAAGUUAUUUUUACUUCACAUGAAUACAUUUUCAACUAAUUUGAGUGUACAUGACAAGAUUACAUUUAGAUUAGCUUCCAGAGUGAUGAACCAUGUGCAUUAUUACCAUGAAAAGCUGUACUCAUAUCUCUUUGCUGUGACGCCGUAAUGUGUGAGAUACUCCCAAAGCUUUGAUUAAUCUCAGCAAAUGAGUGAAAAUGCAUCUACUGAAGUUCCAAGUGUUUUCCAAGUUAAUAAGGUUAUGAAAUUUAAACCACUCUGAGUCUCAAAGCUGCAAUCAAGCCAGAGAAAAUGCUUUAAAAGUGACACGCUUCUGCCAUACCGUGGGCAAGCCAUCAGGUUUAUAAUGUGAUUGUCAAUCAUUAUAAUGUCAGUAGUAUAGCUGUGAGACACUGAAGCUAAGUAAAUUAUGUGUUUUGUGUGUAUGCGUAUUUAUGUGUGUAGGACUUUAAAGGGACAGUGCAAUGGACUGUAUGUCUGCAUGUAUUUGGAGUUUUAUCCACCAAAUAAACUGAAAUGGUCACCUCA